CGCAUCGCGUUGUCGCCGCCUCGCGCCUCUCUAUCCACAGAUAGGGGACAGGGCACACAGGCACAGCCGCCGCUGCUUCAUCCACCCCAUCUGACGCUGCUUCCACCGACCGAGCUCUCCAAGGCUCCACUCCUCACCAGUUUCCGCUCUGGACCGUUCACUCUCCAGCUCCCCUCGCUCCGUUCCCUUCCGCCCAACCACCGCCUACUCCAUCCAGAUCGGCGGGGCGGGCACCGGCCGGCCGGCGAUGACAUCCACCGUCACCACCACCGUCGGGUGCGGGGGGCUCCCCGUCCGCCCGUCGUCGUCGUCGACGGCGCGUAGAGGACGUCCCCGCAGAUGCGCCGUCCGAGCUCAAGCCGCAGGAGCGGAUGCCUCCAACGACAAGUCAGUGGAGGUCAUGCGUAAGUUCUCCGAGCAGUACGCCCGCCGCUCCAACACCUUCUUCUGCGCCGACAAGACAGUCACUGCCGUCGUCAUCAAGGGACUUGCGGAUCACAGAGACACUCUCGGAGCUCCUCUAUGCCCUUGUAGGCAUUAUGAUGACAAAGCUGCGGAGGUAGCACAAGGAUUUUGGAACUGUCCAUGCGUCCCGAUGCGUGAGAGGAAGGAAUGCCACUGUAUGCUUUUUCUUACUCCGGAUAAUGACUUUGCUGGGAAGGACCAGGUUAUCUCCUUGGAGGAGAUCAAAGAGGCGACAUCGAAGUUCUAACCCCUUGUAUUUUUCACGAAAUGUUUACUUGACAGCUAGUAGUUUUUUUUAUAUGUAUAUGUACUUAAGUAGCAUCUAUAAGAUAUCCGUCAGGAAAUCUUUCAUAAAAUGUGCAGUAAACAGCACUUGCAAGGCUGUCGAUGAUAUGAACUGCUUUUAGCCUUUUAUUGUACCUGGGCUCCAUUUCGUGAAUUGAUUUUCUCUCUCUCUCUUUCUGCUAA